AUGGGUACCGCAAAGAAAGAAUCCAGUAGAAAAAUUCGUCAGGGAAAAACUGGAGAUGGACUCGGCAACGUUCGCGUGAAGGGCGAAAAUUUUUAUCGCAAUGCGAAGAAGGUUAAAACUCUGAAUAUGUAUAAGGAGGGAAAGGCUCAAAGGAACGCAGAAGGGAAAAUCAUCAAAGCAGCUUCUUAUCAGUCUCGAGAUGUUCCAGACGCUCGUAUUGAGCCGAAUCGAAAGUGGUUCACCAAUACCCGCGUGGUAUCACAGGACACUCUGAAAGCAUUUCGCCACGCCAUGGCAGAAAAGGCGAACGACCCUUAUCAGAUUCUUCUGAAGUCAAACAAACUUCCCAUGAGUCUUAUUCGGGACGGUCAAGGUACCAAUGGUAUAAAGCAACACGAAGCUAAAAUGACUGUGGAGAUGUCACCUUUCGGCGAGGUCUUUGGACCAAAGGCGCAACGAAAGCGUGUCAAGCUCGGCGUGAGCAGCCUUAAAGACAUGGUCGACAAUAAUGAGAAAAGUAUGGAUUCCUACCAAGAUCGCCUGGAACAAGCUAGGCUAUUGAGUGGAAUGGCUGGUCAAGACGAGGAACAUAACCCGAUUACGAUGGCUAUUGAGCCUGUUUUCGACAAGGGCCAAAGCAAACGAAUUUGGAAUGAGCUGUACAAAGUCAUUGAUUCAUCUGACGUGGUAGUCCACGUUCUAGAUGCCAGAGAUCCUAUUGGGACUCGUUGUCGUAGCGUCGAGAAGUACCUCAAGGAAGAGGCGCCACACAAGCACCUGAUUUUCGUGUUGAACAAGUGCGACCUGGUUCCCACAAGCGUUGCAGCAGCUUGGGUUCGUAGCCUGUCCAAUGAAUAUCCCACUUUAGCCUUCCAUGCCAGCAUUACCAAUUCCUUCGGCAAAGGCUCUUUGAUCCAACUCUUGAGGCAAUUCUCGACCCUCCAUGCAAAUAGGAAACAAAUCUCCGUUGGACUUAUUGGGGGACCUAAUACUGGUAAAUCUUCAAUCAUUAAUACACUUUUGAAAAAGAAAGUCUGUGCUGUCGCUCCAAUACCGGGUGAGACAAAAGUAUGGCAAUACGUCAGUCUUAUGAAGAGGAUAUAUCUUAUUGAUUGUCCAGGUGUUGUGCCGCCAUCGAGUACAGACACUCCUACGGACCUUGUCCUACGCGGCGUCGUUCGGGUAGAAAAGGUAGAGCAUCCAGAGCAGUAUAUUCCAGCUUUGCUUGGUCGUGUAAAGCGGCAUCAUAUGGAAAAGACCUAUGAUGUGAAAGGAUGGGAGAACUCUACCCAGCUUCUUGAGCUAUUGGCAAGAAAGAGCGGCCGUCUUCUCAAGGGUGGAGAGCCCGACUUAGACGGUGUGGCCAAGAUGGUUCUAAACGACUUCAUGAGAGGCAAGAUCCCUUGGUUUACCCCUGCUCCAUCAACAAAUCUUGAAUGCGAUGGAUCUAACAGUCGUGAUGACUGUUUGGGUGAGAUGCCAAAAAAAGGAAUGCAAUUUAACGCCAACGAAGUUUAUCGGCAAAACAGCGUGGAACAGCACAGUAUCACAGAUGCAGAUAUGAAUAAUGUGGAGUGUGAGGGAUUGGACGGCAAUCACAACACGAGCGAGACAUUCAAUGAUACAAUGGGAGCAACAGUCAGCGCCAAGAAGCACAAACACGUGUCCAGCACCCCGGCCAGGUCACCAUAUAUCGAUAUUGCCAGUUUUGCGAAGAAGGAAAGCGAACAACCGAGCAAACGACGUAGAAAGUCUUGA